UAUUAAUAAUUUCGUCAAGGGGUACGGUAGACUCGAUCGAAACCUUAUAUGAAUAACAAAACAUAAAAAAAUAUUGAUUUCGAGUCGACAACAUAUAUACGCAAAAUUCGGAUUAUGGAGAAUUUCGUUAAAUUCUAAUGGCACUGACAAACAAACCGUAGUCGCCAUCCAAACAAACCGCACUCGCCAUCUUGGGUAUUUAAUAAACGUUCCGUUUCAUACUAGCUCUUAGAUACGCCUCGCCAAUCACAUCACGUGCGUCGCGCCAAAGAAGUAUCCACCACAAAGAACUGUGUAAAACGAAACGUUUUGCCGGAAACAUUGAGUGAAUCAAGUCGUUGACGUUUCGCGAAAAUAUUGUUUUUGACACUUUUUUAUGAUAUAAGUACUCUUUGUUAUGUGUUUUUUCUUUAAAUUAAACCUAAGAUUGAUCGAUUGCGAUAACAACCAUAGAAAAAAUAAUACUAACCAUAACCAUAGAAGUAAAAGUUUUAGUUCAAAUGUCAGUUGCAUAGAGACACACAUUAUGCCGAAAAUCCCGAAUCUCCUUGCCUUUGGUAAACAUUGUCACAAUUGUGGAAAGUGGAUGCAGCGAAGGGCUCUUCGUAAAGAUGUGGCAUGCAAUUUUUGUGACGGCAAAAUAUUUGUAAGAAAAUGCAAGCAAAUGCAAAUGUGCAGUCGAUGUGUAGAAUGCGACAACAUUAUACUCGAUAAUUUCAAUUAUUGCGAGUGUUGUGGCCUAGAAACAAUUAGGCAGUUAAGAAUAACCAAGGCUCGGGCACUUUCAAACCUUUUUCCAAAAAAUCAAACUGCUCCUGUUUCAUCUGCCUCUACAAUACAACCUGACAAAUCCCAAGAUUUAUUUGAAGACUUUCGGGUCGAUAACGAAGAGUUGACAUUAAUUGAAGAGUCGUUGGUGACUGAUGAUGUUUCUUCGGACAACGAGAAAAAACAAGAAUCAAUGCUGUCAGUCAGCAGUUAUUUUAUUUCUUUAGAAGAAGAGGAGAAAGAAAAGAUAUCAAAUGGCUGGCAGACCCCCGAAGAAACGUAAUUAUU